AUGAUCAGAUUUCAUUUCGACAUACUAUUCAUAUCACACAUUCUUCAGACUGUCCUCGCGCUUAUUGCUCUCGGUCUGAAUGCUUCGGUGAUUCACUAUUUCAACACACAUGAGGGAUUAGGUGGUCCGCCAGGGUACCUAGUGUUCUUAGUCUUUACCAGCACAUUCACUAUCCUAAUCUCGAUACCAUACACCACGUUUGCACCAACGUAUUUUCCUGCAUACAUCAAUCGUUACACCUCCCUCGUUGUCGAACUGAUAUCGACAAUAUUCUGGUUCUCGGGGUUCGUGGCCGGUGCUGUAUGGCUCGGCAAAUUAGAUGUCUGUGCAGGUCUGAUAUGUCAUAACGCAAGAGCUGGCGUGGUAUUUGCCGCUAUGAUGUUCGUCUGCUACGCUAUUACGAGUCACUUUCCCGUCAAGUACUGCUUUUUCGACGACGAAAACCGAGCACUAGGCGAAGGGAAUCAUACUAUGGGACUCAGCGGAGCUGAACGACUUCGAAAGGUGCGACUGAAGAGGGCAGCAAGCAACAAUGCUGCUACGGGAAACAAAGAGUAUAGUGAGGACAGUGGCAUCUUGGAAAGAGUAAUGGGUUCUUCGAAGCAGGUUGCUUCGGUCGUAAAGAUUCGGUUUGGCAAUGUGGUGCAGGAAUGGAGGACAAAGGCAGGCAGAGAUAAGGAAGAAGCGAGGUUCUCGAAGCAAUAG